AAUCGCGUCCGACUUGAGUACAAAAACAGCUUUCGUGAAGGACUCGUGCUUUCGGUCAUUGAGCUUGAUUUCCAUCUAGUUUUGAGCGAAACUCUUGGUAAAAAGCAACAGAAUAAGCAGCCAUGCCGAAGAACAAGGGAAAGGGAGGAAAGAAUAGGAAGAGGGGAAAGAAUGAAGCAGAUGAUGAAAAGCGUGAACUUGUGUUUAAGGAAGAUGGGCAGGAGUAUGCCCAAGUGCUUCGCAUGCUGGGCAAUGGCCGGUGUGAAGCAAUGUGCAUUGAUGGCACCAAGCGUCUUUGCCAUAUCCGAGGGAAGAUGCACAAGAAGGUCUGGAUUGCAGCCGGUGAUAUCAUCCUUGUUGGACUUCGUGACUACCAGGAUGACAAGGCUGAUGUGAUCCUCAAGUACAUGCCAGAUGAAGCCAGGCUCCUGAAGGCAUAUGGUGAGCUUCCCGAGAGCACACGUCUCAAUGAAGGAAUCCUUGAUGAUGAAGAGGAUGGUGGUGCUGAUGACUAUAUUGAGUUUGAGGAUGAAGAUAUUGAUAAGAUUUAGGCUUUGGAAUCAAUUCUGUAUGGAUUUUAUCCUUAGCUUUUAUAAGAUUUGUGUUUAAUGACACUAUUUUAUGUCAAAACUCAUAAGCGCAGUUUGCAAGUUCAGAUUUUCAGGUGGUGAAUUGGUUUGUGUUCCAUGUAACACCUGCUGUUACUAAUGAAUGGCUAUUAUGUUUGUUGUGUUGGUGCUC